AUGCCUGCGGAUCGCUCCGUGGUGCCAGCGUCUGCAAGCGCGGCGGAUAUCAUGCGCGCUUAUAGGUCGAUGCGCACGGCGUACCGACGCCCAGUACUCUCGCGCUACCGCGUGCUUGGAUUUUUGAGCAGUGGUACAUAUGGCCGCGUGUACAAAGUCCAGGAACUUGUGCCGAGCGGCCCUGGGCGCGAUGCGCGGAUCUAUGCAAUCAAGAAGUUCAAGCCAGAUCGCGAAGGCGAUACACAGACAUACACAGGAAUCAGCCUUAGUGCGAUCCGUGAGAUUGCACUGAAUCGUGAGCUGCGGCACGAAAAUGUCGUGUGGCUGCGCGAAGUGCUCCUCGAGGAAAAUGCUAUUUUUUUGGUGUACGAGUUCGUUGACCACGAUUUUUUGCAGAUCAUACACCAUCAUCUCACUGUUCUACGUACGCCGAUCAAUGGUGCCGUGAUCAAGUCGCUCAUGUGGCAGCUCUUGAAUGGCGUCCAGUAUCUACACGCGAAUUGGAUUAUGCAUCGCGACUUGAAACCCGCGAAUAUUCUCAUUACUGCGCGCGGAGUUGUCAAGAUUGGCGACUUGGGACUUGCGCGUGUGUAUGCAGACCCGAUGAUUUCCUUGUACUCCACAGAUAUGGUUGUUGUUACGAUUUGGUACCGCGCGCCGGAGCUCUUGCUUGGCGCGCGCCAUUAUACCCCCGCCAUCGAUCUUUGGGCCGCCGGGUGCAUUUGGGGUGAGCUUGCGGCGCUGCGUCCCAUGUUCAAAGGCGAGGAGGUGCGCAUGGGUGCAAGAGUAAAAGUAGUUCCCCUGCAAACAAACCAACUUGGCAAGAUUGUGGAUAUUCUGGGCACGCCGAACCACGAGCGGUGGCCAACAAUAGACACAAUGCCCGACUAUGCAGAGUGGCAGCGCGUGCGUGGUGGGGACAAUGUGCCACCAACGCUGUACCAGUGGUAUGCAGACCGCACAGGCACUGCUGCGGGCUACGACUUGUUUGAUAAGCUGCUGCAGUACGACCCUGCGCAGCGCUUGACCGCUGCCGCCGCGCUGCGGCACCCAUGGUUUGCAGAGGAUCCACUGCCUACGGCCAAGUACGUAUCGCUACAGACUAAUGCCAGUGCAUUCCAAUUUCUGCCGCAAGGCCGGUCGUCGUAUCCCCCUGGAAAAGUCACUGUCGGCGCUACCCACCCUGUAGCGCCAGCGCCGCCGAAGCGCACGCGCGAAGUGUAG